AUGCCCACUCACGGUCGCACUCGGGAUCCGUGUCAGGCCCAACUCCACAGACCAUCCCGGAACAUCCGGCAUCUCCGACUCCACCGCCUCAACUACCCCAGACCUCACUCUGCCGGACCUCCCGGAGACAGUGAUUCGGAGCCGGUAUCCCCCGUCUCGGACACGCACUCCAUAUCGACGACGCCCCGCUUCCAUGCUAAGGACACGCCCGGCGACGACUAUUCUGUGGGAGGUGACCUCCAGGUUCCUAGACCGAUCAGUAAGACCCAGCCGUCAUGGGACCCUUUUACGGGUACACCCUUGGUGGAAGAGGAGGGGUUCGAGAUGGGACAGUCCACGGAUCCGAGCCCUCCUGCGUCUCAUGCAGGUCAAGGUCAAGCUGCUGCUCUUCCUCCUCCUCCUCCUCCUCAAGCCACACAAGCCGCCACCGCUGUAAGACCACGCGCGAACACGACCGAUGACCCAUAUGACGACUGGGUCGUUGUGUCGCCGCAGUCGCCUCCUUCUGGUCAGAUCCACGUAGUAUCUCCUCAGUCACCGCCACAGGCACCGCGGUCAUUCGAGCCCACCGAAUCAAGCAGGGAAGUUGAUGAGGAUGAUCAUGAUGCGACUCAUGGUUCUAGUUCAACGGGUCUCUUUAUUGUGCAGCCGACUCAGCAGUUGCAGCCGGUUCAGCAGCAGCCGGUCCAGCAGCAACCGAUACAGCAGCCACAACAACAACAGCAACAAACCAUAAAUCAUCUUCCAUCACAGCAGACCUCUCCCCAGCGCCAGUCAUCCUUUGUUGGCCUCCCGCCCAUCAGGCGAAGUUCCACAUUUGGUAUCAAUCUGACCAAGCGGGCGAAGAAACGCUUCCCCUUGGAUGAAGACGAUGAGAACAACUUCGUUUCUUCUCCGGUCAACACGACAACGGAUCAAUAUGGCAACGAUGGCGGGUCUUCAUCCCGCUUCCAGCAAGGGGAAUCCAGCUGGUCUGCACAGUCUGCGCAACCCAUGCGCGUCGACACUGGCCCACCACGCUUCCGUAAAGACAGCAACAUGUCACACAACGUUCUUUCGGCAACGUCAACACAGGCGGCUACGCUGGCGACCGAGAGCAGUGGGAUGACUGGGCAGGAUCUCAGAAUCGACGAUGAAAAGAGACCUCUGGGGCCGGGAGUAGCAAUGAAGGGCGCCGGCCGCGUACCAGGGCCCAUUGACACAAGAGCAGCGAUGCAACAGAAUGAGGGUGGAACGAGCGGUCGGCCGUAUGGUCCAGGCAUGCCUCCUCAUCAAGGGAUAAUGUCCCCAACUUUCGGAGGCAACCCGAUCCAUCACCUCCCUCCGCAAGGCCCGUGGAAGCUUGAGGAGUCGCAUUUGUCUGAGCCACUCGCAACCAGCAGAAACCGGCAGUCGGGAGGAUCUCUGUCACCUCACCAACAAACCUCCUUCGGGAUCGAUAAAGAGACUGGUGUGCCUUCAACGGCGGCGCAACGACCCGAGACGCAGCUGCCGCCUAGACAAAAAUUCUCCGAGGUGCCUCCAUCGUCAGCGCAGCGUUAUCCUGGUCUAUUCACCCCGCAAGCAGGAUAUCAGAACCCCAGCUCUCCCACAGGGCCCCGGGGCUCGGAAGACCUUGGCCAGCAUUUUUACAACCGCGAUUCUGCCUCGCUGUACAGGACGCAAACUGGCGACUCCGAAGUCAGCGGCUUCGAUCCCUCAACAGAUGAGGACCGUGGCCGUAGGCGGAGCUCUGGCUUCUUCAAAGAAAUCGGAGGUCGCAUCUCGCGUCACACCUCGCGGGAACGGCCAGCGUCCAAGGCUGAGAGUGGAGCGCCAAGCUACAUGGCCGGUCCAGACGUGCGAGGUGAUGCCGUGUCUGAGGCGAGUGUUGCCACAGGGGAGCUACAAGACCGCCAGAGACGGCGUUCAAGCUUCUUUCUUAACUUACGGGGUUCCAAACCUUCCGAUGUUGGAGGACCCCAUGGUCGCGAUGGCAUUGAAGGGAUUACGCCGUCACCAAAGGCGAGCCCGAACCCGGGUGGUCCAUCUCAGGUCCAGCAGCCAUCACUGGGAGGGCCUGCGGAGAGGAAACGGUCCUUCUUCGGUCCAGGUGCCGAUCAAUCCGCCAACCUCCCAAUGCCCAACCUGUCUCGUUCGUCAACGUCCACUGCUGGAUAUGAAGUAGCAAGCGGAGCAAUGGGCCCUCCGAAGAAGCGCUUCUCUGGCUUUACGAGCAAGGUGUUCCCUCGCAGUUCGAGUCAGCAAGACCUACAGGUGCCACAGAAGCCUAGCACAUCUCAUUCUACUGCGACAUCGACCAUGUUUGGUCGUCCGCCAAGCACGCAAGGAAAUCAACAGAGAAGCACCGCAUUGGAAGAAGUGCGAGUACGCCCGGUGUCUGACUUGCAGAGCGAACGCCGUGAAGCCCCUGUCGCGCCUGGCCAUGAAGCGCAUGAUGAACAUGUCUCACGGAGAAAGUCCAGUCAGAUUUUGAAUAUGGAGUCGCAUCCCUCACAAUCAUUUGAUGCUCCGGCGCCCCCAUCACAGAGAGAACAACCAUCGCCGGGACGUCGCCAUCUCACUGAGCAGAGACAGCCUUCUCUUUCAUUCCUGCAGGCUGAGGAGCAACUCUCGCGCCCUGAGCAACCAGACGACCAGACCGAAACCCACUGGGUUCCUCCCGGAUUCUCGGCCGAGCCAACGCCGGAGCCAUCGAUCAGACACAGCUACGGACGCGAGAACUCGCCGGGGCCCCAGACACCGCCUCUGGGCCAGGGGCAAGUCGCCAAUCACCAACAGGCUCUCGGCGUCCAGAAGUCUGGCCACACCAGGCGAAUCUCGGAGCAAUCUGCGUCGCUGCUGUCUCCCUCCUCCAACUUCAGGGCACAAUCUCCCAAUGGGGUGGCCGGCCAGUCUGAUAACUCGCAACGAUCCUCGGUAUCGAACUCUCCCAAACCGUCGUCUGCUGCCCAGAUACCGGCUCCGAGGGCACCUUUGGCAUCUGAAAGCCGAGCGCCCCCGCCGGACCCUCGACAACCAAGUCCAUUUUCAGUGCGUUUAAACGAUCAUCCAAGCAGCCAGAACCUCGGCCUCAGCAGCAGAUGCCACAUCCAAGCCAGAUUCAAAACCUGCAGCCGCAGCCGCAGCUGCAGCAGUCUCACAAGAGCCAGGGCCAGCAAAGGAUGCCGCCAGCUGUUCCGUUAUCACAGAGAAGUCAUCUACCACAGCAAGGACCUCAUCACAUACGUACCUUUCGAACCUGUCAUGACUCGGGCAAUUCCGAACGGCCCUGAGCCAAGCGGAAGCGUACGCUCCAACCCCCAACCCUACGUUGAACCUCAGUACGACCAAGUCCCUAUUCCUCAAGGAUAUGCUGCCGUUCACGGCGAAGGAGGCGUUGCGCCAUCUCCCUACGCCCUCUCACGCACCUCACCACCGGUCCAGUAUCCUGCGUACCACUCACCGCAGGUGCCUCAAUGGGGCCAGCCACCUGUUGCCCAGAGACAUCCGUCUGAAAUGUCAAUGUACAGCCACCCCAGCCCUCCCAUACAGCAAGGACAGCAGCUGCUUCACAGCCACCCACAUGGAGGUGCAUGGCCCGAGGGUGACCGGCGCGUCAGCAUGGCCUCCCACCAGUCCAACAUUUCGCAUGUCAGCCAUAGCACGCAGGCGGCCCAAGUCGGCCCGCAAGGUGAUGUGCCAAUUCCCAAUCAGCAACACCAGCCACAACAAGACACGAGAGGGAUACGGUUAGUGAACCAAAACGACAGCCGUAUAGCGGGUCCGGACUCGCAGUUUGGUCAGCAAACCAUGCCGCCAACUCAACAGCCUCAACAGCAACGAUACUCCCUUGUCGAUGCUCCGGUUCCAGUCGCAGCAUCUCCACAGAUACAGCAAAGUAAUAGUAGAGAGCCUCAGGGAAAGCAACAGACCAAGUCUGCUGAAGUGCAAACAUAUGUCAGUAAUACGGUCCGAAAUGCACAUGACAAGCCUUCGUCUCCCCGUCCUCAGGAGCACGCUCAGCAGACGCAAGGACUUGCAAUUGAUGCUGGUAGUAUGAUGGUCAACAACUCUCGUAGCGUUUCCGACGACAAGCAAGGUCCGGCGGAGAACAUCGUAUCGUCUGAGCCGACAGCGCCAGCGCCAGCACCCACGGCACCUCGCCUCAGCGUCAACGUACAGCAAGCAAACCAAGAACCCAAGGACAACAACGACCUCUACGAAUCCACACCACGUCUGCCCUCCAACCCUUCUCAGCCGCCAGCAGCACAGCCUAUAGUCGCCGCGAAUACGGGACACAGCAUGGUCAGCGACAGCUCUGCUGACGAAGCGCCCCGAAACGCCAGCCACGCCAACGGCAGCGCCGGGACCGCGGCCACGACUACCCUGGCGAGGGGCAAGAGCACGAGAGCCGAGCUGGAGGAUACGGAAGACGAACGUCAGAGGACCAUGCGACGCGAGGCCCAGGAGGAGAAGAUCUUGGUCGACCCGUACGAGGAGCUGUCAUCCGGGGGGGUCAAGUAUAGGAAGGAAGAGGAGCCGGCGGAUGUGCCCCAGAUGAGUGCGACAAGUUACCCAGGCCAGGAGUGGAAUCCUUACGGAGCUGGCGGGUUUGAGGAAUGGGAUUGA